CUCCUCCUUCUCCUGGCGGGAAGCGAUGGCAGCAGCGAGUGGCAAUUCGCGAUGGCGUCGUCGCAGAGCAGCCGAGGCAGGGAAGGGGCAGGGUAGACUGGCUGCUGCUGCCGCUGCUGCUGGUGUUGCCGUUGUGCGAGCUGCUGCCUCGACGCCGUGGCUGUUGGAGCCGUUUGUCUGGUGUGGUCGAACCAGUGCGAGUGCGAGUUCGGGUGCGAGCUUGAGUGCUGGUGUCGCUCAAUCGAAGGGGCGAGCGACGCAGCGGUUCGGUUGGUUCGUUCUGUUGCUGGGUCGCGGUUGCAGCACCCACCUGGAGGACCGCUCUGAUGGCCAGAUCGGCUAG